CUUCCGAAAUUGCAAAUGAGUCAGAAUGAAGUAGAAUGCAUUUCCUAGUUUUGGGUGUCGGCGAGCGUAAUGAUCUGUCAAAAUACAUCUGACUGAAGCAUGACUUCUAAGACAUUAGCUGAAGAGUUCCCCAUUCACUGGCUUGUAUGGCACAAUGAUUAUGAAAACCUCGAUCGCGAGCUAGCAAAGAAAACGCAUGAUAAGGAGUUGUUGGACCCAAGGGGUAGAGCUCCUCUGCAGCUAGCAGUGACCCUAGGGCACAUUGAAAGUGCUCGUGUUUUGCUGAGGCAUGGAGCUGACGCCAAUUCUGAAAACCUGAAAUAUUGGUCAGUUCUCCAUGAGUCGGUGAGCACAGGAGACCCGGAGCUGGUCCAGAUGGUGCUCCAACACAGGGACUACCAGAGGUACACCAAGAGGACUGUCGGUGUGCCCGAGCUGCUGCAGAAACUGAAGGAGUCACCUGAUUUCUACGUUGAAAUGAAGUGGGAGUUUGCCAGCUGGGUCCCCCUGAUCUCCCGGAUGUGCCCCAGUGAUACGUACCGGGUGUGGAAGUGUGGUUCCAAUGUCCGUAUCGACACCACACUGCUGGGCUUCGACAACAUGAACUGGCAGCGGGGGAGCCGUAGCUACAUCUUCAAGGGGGAAGGGGACAAAGCGACUGUGAUGGAGAUAGAUCACGAUCAGCGUGAGGUGUACAGCGAGACGAUGAGGAUCUCUCCGUCCAUGCCUGACUCCUCAAUCAUGAGACCCUCGGAGGCCGCCAUCGCAGCCAGACUUACCUCCCCUAUAGUCACCACCUACAUAGAUACAGAUAAAAUCUCAUUUGAGAGAAACAAGGCUGGUAUAUGGGGCUGGCGCAAUGACAAGAUUGAGAGCGUCAACGGAUAUGAGUGCAAAGUCUUCAGUGCUAGCAAUGUUGAACUGGUCACAAAAACUCGCACGGAGCACCUCACGCAACAAGACAAGGAGAAAUCAAAACGCAACAAUAAAACGCCCUUGGAGUCUUUUCUUGGAGUAGCAGAGGAACACACAAAAACCCAGGCCGCAACAAAUGGGAUCUCAUCAGUGUCUUAUAAUCCCUGUUCCAUCACACCGGAGGAAUAUUUCAAUAAGUUGAUCAACCUUGAGGAACGUGACAUCGGCCGCCCAAUUGAACAGGCAACAAAGACCCAGAAGUUCAAGGCCACCUUGUGGUUGUGCGAGACAUUCCCUCUAUCCCUGCAGGAACAGGUGGUGCCCAUUAUAGAUCUGAUGGCAGCUAGCAACGCCCACUUUAAGAAGCUUCGGGACUUCAUCACUCUGCAGAUACCAGCUGGCUUCCCUGCAAAGAUUGAAAUUCCACUUUUCCAUGUCCUGAAUGCCAGAAUAACGUUCGGCAACAUCUUUGCAAUGGAGUCGUCAGUGGACGGCGUCUCUUACAUCGAAGAUGAGGAAUGUUCAUGUGUUGUAGACGAUUCCUGCUUCAACCCACCCCCUGGAUACGGUCGUCUAGGUGACGCCCACCAUUCAAGACUGCGAGAUGAAGAUGAUGAACUUCUUCAGUUUGCAAUACAACAGAGCUUGAUGGAAGCAGGCACAGAGAAUGAUCAGGUGACAUUCUGGGAGGCGCUGAACAAGACGACGCCCCCGACAGGUCAAGCCCGGGAAGAGGAGGAACGCCUGCUGCAGAGAGCGAUAGCCGAGAGCCUGAGACAGAAUUGUGGGCUGGAACAGAGUGGCCCUGUGGAAAUAAGUCAACCACGUUCCACACUGACUAAUGAAGAGGUGCAGCUGCGUCUAGCCCUGGAAUUGUCACAGAAGGAAUCGGAGGAGUCCGUCAGACGUCGAAAAGAAGAAGAAGAGCAGUUGGAAGCUAUCUUAAGAUUAUCCCUGACUGACAAGUGAUGGGUGUUAGACCUACACUUCGACGUAGUCCAACCUCCUAGCAGAAUACUGAGGACAGCUUCGUAGACAAACGAGCUUAUCAAAGCAGUUUCUGGAAUAGUUGCUGCCAGUUAUGGUGCCGAAAUUUGUGUGAAUUGAGUUAUAAAUUUGUGACUUGUUCAUGGCUUAUCAUGAUUUGUCUACUGAUUUUGAACGCAGUGUUUUAGAGAUUUAGGAGAAUUCCCAGUUACAGUUUAAACAGAUCUUCUUCUUCCACCAAAAUGUAUGUAUGGAAAUUUGACUUAUGCAUGAAUGAGUCUACACAUUUUAUUUUGUACAAUUUUUGUUACAUCUGAGACACAGUAUAUGUAAUAUUAAGUGUCUUUAUGCAGAAAUUAACAGUGUUGACCCUAAGCUAUGUCAAAUAUUUAUAGUCAAUAACUGGAUGUUGUUUGUGAACAAUUUGGGCUUGUCAAACAAUAAUCCUUAAAUAAAGUAGCUUUCUUUCAGCUUGUUGGUUUUAAACAUCCAGGAUAAAGGAAACAUAGUCAGGGAUAAAAAUGAUGAGCGUUUAUCAAUUCCAAACCAGUGCAGCUGGUUAAAUUGUAAAGGGAGGUAACCCUUGUCAAAGUUAGUCCUGAGCAAGUGAUCCAAUUUUGACUCUCAAGUGAGAGCUCAUCAUCGUCCUCCCAGAUUCUUUUCAAGAUGUUAUAAAUUACCAGCACAAGACAUAAGAUGCUUUAAUGCUUUCCGUCAUCACAACACGAGGUGAUGGUAUCAGUGGUGUAUUGUAUGCUUAUUCUGUGUUCAAUAUCAACAGCCUUGUUAUAUGUUCCCACAUUCCAUGGAAUUUCCGUUGUUGAAACUGUGGAUUUUCCAUGGACGUUUCCAGAAUUGUUGGAAAUCUGGUUUGUAAAAACCUGGUUUGUUUCUCAAUGGAAAGUCAAUUAUCUGUUCUUUGGCAUAUUACAGUCUGGUAACUUGAUGGUAAGCAUAUUUUCUCAAGCACUGUUUGCAAUCAUUACCCUAGUUGGCAGAUGAUACGAGUAUCGAUACCUGUGUAUAUAUUUGGGUACUUAAUCUGAUGUUAUAUAAGGGUAUAAUGCUGUCUACAAUGCCAGAGGUUAAGAAGCCCUUGUUUUAUGUUAUGACACAUCUAGACUAGGAACAGCAAUCUGUGGUAGGCCAACACAACUGAUUUGACACUCUCACCUGUCAGUCAUCACCUGUCACUACAUUUACAGUUAUUUUAAGGUGAUAAUUGCAGACACACAUGAUGCACUGCUGCCUUCAUGACAUCUCCCCAAGGCAAGGGAGUUAACUGACUGUAAACAAGUUCUACUAACUAGGCUGGAAUUAUGGAGUUAUAUUUUGGCUGGACUAUAGAACCUAUGCAUAGUCCAAUUAUAGUCUGAUUUGCAAAACCUGAGUGCCAUCAAUAGCAUUAUGCGUUGACAGAUAUUUCCAAAUCUUUUCAUGUUUUUAGUCAAGUGAUUUGAUGCAGUUUGCAAGGUAAGGCCUGUCUUAUCACAAUAUACAUCUUGAUUAACGAUAGAUCAAUUUCACUGGGCGCUGCCUCUACGAUCAAGCUACAAAAUUCCAGCCUAGUUCAGCACAGGUGGAAACUGGAAUGUUGUGUAGUCAGUUAACUCCCUUGCCUUAGGAAGAUGCCUUCAUCAUGGAGACAGCUUAACCGACCGAAGUAAUAAGAUUUUACAAUUAAGAUUAUAUUGACAUACCAUUGUCAUAUGCCAAAUAUGGAAAUGAUUGCAUUAACAGGUUUUUUUAAAUACUCAAAAUCCUGAUAUAUUAAGAUUGCAGCUUUAAUCUACAUACUUUGUGUUGCAUCAAUGAAACAACUAGUACAUUGUUUUGGGGAUGCAUCCACAUGUAGUUGGAAGAUGGUUGUAGUUUUUGUUGAAGUGUGUACAUACUUUUGUUUCUGUUCUUGCAAGGGUACUGACAUUACGAAAAAAAAAUUAUUAUUUGCAUAUUGAUUUCUUCUUCAUUUUUGAUGGAAAUAUUACAAAUUAAUCUGAUGUAAAGGCGGAAUUGCCCUUUGAAAGAGUUCUGUUAUAAUCUACUUCAAAUGAUAGAUCUGUAAAGACAUUUUCGUAACUGAAAAUAUUCUUAAGGCUAGACCAAUUCUUUGUGUUUUAAAUAUGAGGCAAUCCUAAAUUUUUGAAGUAAAGGUUGGUUGUAAUACAGUGCUCACCUGAAAAUAUUUUUGGAAAGAUCAGACAAGGUUGACUUGUGAUCAAGUAAUCAGUUUUGUGUCAAAAUAUCUUUAAUACUUAGGGUUUUCAUACAGUUAUUUUAUUUCCAUAACAAUCCUUGCAACAGUCUGGGUGACCCAGUCAUCAAUAGUGGCACAAUUCACUGAGCAGAGUUGCUUCCCUUGGGUGUGCCAGAAACCUAUGAUCAUAGGUUUGAACCCCAGUUAAUCCUGAUUAUGUAUCUUGGUUUGUCUGCACCAUACCCAGGAACUGUCACCAAUGUGGUAAACAUCUAAGACCUGUAUCACUUCAGGCUUUCCUUCCACAGUAAGCUGUGACACUUUUAAACCAAACUCACAUGUGUGUUGAAUGUCAGCCUGAAUGUUCUUCAGAAUUUCUUGAUUAGAUGGCCUUUAAAGGGACAUGGAACAAAGCCUCUCAUCAGACUUAUUUUUCCCAAAAUGAGAAAACUAGACAGUGAUGAGACCUUGCUUCACUGAUGGUUGCAUAGUUUGUGUGAGAACAGGACUUCCAGUCAAAUCUGGACAAGGUGACACUCAUAAGACAAACUAGUAUUAAAACCACAGUUUUUAGCCAACAACUUUUCCCAGUCAAGACUUUAAACAAUAUGUAAGUUUGAUCUAGCCUUUCAUGACUUCAUAAGUUGGUUGCAUUACAGAUUCUUAAUGUUUUGUUUCAUGUAACAAGCUGUUGAUUGUUUGCAUUAUCAAAACAUAGCUGGAAUGCAAUCAUUGUAGAUGUGCAUUUCAGAAUGGUGUCAAUGUCCUUGUCAAAUGUGUAUGCAAGUUUUCAUCACAAACUGCUUGCUUUUGUGAAAGUAUUCAAGCCUUUCAGUUGCAUAUCAAAAUACAGAGUAAAAACAUUGUGUAUAUAUCCAAAGCAAUGUACAUUAUCAGUUGUUUUCAGUUGAUGUGAGACAUAUCUGGACAUACUCUUGCUAUAACCCCUAUGAUAAGGAAAUGGUAUGAUCCAUUCUUUGAAGUGAAUGAUUCUAUUCCUUCAUAGAGGGUAUGUGUAUAUUUCGUAUGAAAUAUGAGUAAUCUACUUGGUUCUGAUGUUGAUUUCAGUUUAACAGCUACAAAAAAUAUUUUUUAUCUUUUCAUUUAUUUCAAAUAUGAUUGAUAAAGGAUUAUGUUAAUAUUUAGUUUUUAGUUACCUUUUUGAAUGGUAUACAAUUGUAUUUUUAGCAUUUUUAGCAUCCACAGCUAUAUUUCAUGUACUCUGGCACUUGAAUAAUAUUUUUUUUCUGGUGAAAAUGCUAUGAAUUUGAAACUUACUUUUGUUUAAACACAAAAAGUGUUUAUGCUAUUCGUUUCCUCUGAAAAAUAAUAAUGAAAAAGUCUCCCUCUUGUGUCAAUUUUCUCGAAUUAUAUCUGAAAUAUUGUUUGGACAUUAAAGGGAAGUUCAUGUGCAUGUAUGUUGACAGUAGCAUAUAUUAUAUAACAAAUUCAGUUGUUCUUUGCUCACGAUUCACCUUUCACAUUACAUGUACCAAUAUUGUCAAGACUGGAGUUUCAUUUCGCAAGGGACAGGCUGAAGGACAAAAUGGCUACUAUCAAAUUUAUCAUUGAGUAUACCAUGGUGACAGGUCAAUAAGUAUAUGAAAUCUACAUCCCUUGAUAACCAGCUGGCUGCUGACAGACAAUGGGAAUCAGUCUGCAUGCAGGUUGUGAUGUCUCUAGCCAGGUCUUGCUGUUGUCUGCUACAGAAUGGAGGCCAUUUUGUUGUGAUACCAUGAGCUGUGUCACGUGAUCUGCAACAGUUCGAAUCACGGGAGAUCUUGUGGACUGGAAUACAGAGUAUUGCCUCCAUUGGUCACAGUGGAUUGGUUACAGCUGACCCCUGUUGUUUUGGAUGCCGUCUUCAGGACAACAACUCUAAGGACUAUCAACAUAUAUUACAAAGGUCUUUACUUCAAAGCCUUGAUUCCUAAUUCCAGACAUUUGUCAAAUUGGUGAUUUCACUUGGAAUGUCUGAUGUUGACUAAGUAUUUAUUCUUGCUUUCUGCUUUCGGCAAGAAUGCAAUAUACCGGACACCUUCUGACAUUUUGGUAAGGGAUGUGCGCAUGCUCAUUCCUCAGUAACGGUUUCCUAAAGGAAAAGUUUUUCAGACACCAUUCUUUGUCGCCUCGCUAAAAUAAAAGGGGGUUUAGGAGGCUUGCCCCCAACUUGAAUUAAAUGUUUUCGUAAGUAAAUGUCAUGUUUAAUUACCAAAGUACAUACAAAAUACGUGUUCACUAAAGUGUGACUCCAACGAAUGUCACUGAUGAGGUUGUCGCACGCCAUUAUGGAACUUCUAUUUCAAGUUCUUUUUCUAAUUUUUGUCUAAGUUUCAAUGUUUAUGCAUCGCUUUGAUAUUCAAUAUCAAGGUUUAUCAUGUUAAAACCAAUGCAAAUUGUUACCAAUAGAAGAGGGGUAAUUUUUUCUGCUUAUUUUGAGCUUUAUCGACCUAUUUUUCAAAUUGUGAUGCUGUCGCAUGCGUCUUUAUUAGUAGCAUCAAACAAACGUGGUGAAGAGGUGUCUGGUAUAAUGCAUGUGUAACCUGCUUUCUCUAUUUGUGCUAACAGAUUGACACAUCUCUUGACACCAAGACAGAUGUCCGGAUAAUUUGUUGUCAUCUCCCAUAUUUAUUAUUCCUCAAUUGGUUAUCAGACUUUUAUGAUUUCAAUGUACAGCUGUUUUUAUUUAAUACUUUAACUUAUAUUUACACUGGUGGUGUACAUGUAUCAUAUACACUGAUGGGAAAAAUUAAGGGAACAGCUAGCAGUUUGGAAGAAGUGCAUGAGUGAGUUGGGUUUGCUUCUGUCACUGUUAGCAAUAUUCCAGCCAUAUCAAUGCAGGGGACAAUGAGAAUUGACUUCACAUAGUGAACCCAUGUGAGGAAUUGAACCAGGUCUUCAUUGUGACAAGCAAAUGCUUCAACCACAGGGCCACCUUACCACCCCCUGGUACAUAUCACCAAUACCAGUGUUUAUACCUGCCAUUCUCAAGGAACCACUCGCCAUUCUUGAAUGACAUGUAAAGCUGUAGUCAGCAAUACUCCAGCUAUGACACAGUCUGGGCCUGGUAAACCAGUGGUUGAUAACAUGAGCACCAACCCAUGCUGUUGAGGUAGGCUGAUACACAAACACCCAGGUCAUCUUUCCCCCUGAUCGUCAUUGAUCUGAAUCGUACAAGAGUAGGAACUAGGAAAUUCCCUUUGAGAUUCAUGCUGAACAUCUUCUAUACUGGUUCCCUUCGUAUAUGUUCCCUUAUUUGGUUCCGUGAGUAUAUGUUGCAUGCUUGAAGGUCACUAUUAUUUGUUGGAAGAAAAAGUGGUUUGUCUGUUUGAAUUAAUUCCUUGUGUGCAUAUUUUUGGUAACAGUUUGUAUGACAAAAAUGUUCCAUGAAAAAGUUGCAUUUUUCUAAUAGAAAGACCACAUAAGGCGGAGUCCCCAUGUUAGGUUGUCUAUACAAUUUGUGAGUUGGGUUCUAGAAUUAGUUGCACCAAUUUCAAAUAACAUUCUAUAACUUCUCUUUUUUUCAGGUUGCCCAUGAGAUUUUCAAUCAUUUAAAACUGAACUGAGAACCUUUUACUUUUUCUGCUUUGCUGGUAUUCAAAUCAGGUGAUUUUGGACGGGUGUCUUGGUCAGACAAACCUUCUACAGUAUGUAGCAUAUGUUUUGCUGUUGUUACUUGAUGCCAGACAAUGAAAUUGUCCUUUUUUUUAAUUCUUAGCCCCCCCCCCCCCCAAAAAAAAUGUAUUAUAAUGUCAGGGUCCAUUUUAGGUCAGUUUUUCCUUCAAGUACAAGCAAAAAGAAGACAGAAUUUAAACACAGUAGCAUUUUCAUUUUCUCCUUAACUUUUGCUGAAUUAAGAAGAACACCACUUGGUCUGUCCCAGAUAACAGUGUUAUGGUCACAGUAGGAGGCCAAACAUCAGAGUUGCAGAUCAGUCUCUGCUUGAAGCCAGACAUCAAUGGCUGAAGACAUGUUAGGUACCAAUUGGUUGGUUGGUUUAUUUUAAUAUCAAAACAGUAAAAGUUGAACAAUUGUUUGGUGAAGCUCAUACAUGGCCUCAGUAACAGCUGAUACAGCUAUCACUGAGGUGGGCACUAUUGUGACAACUAGUCAUGAAGGAUGUCAAUUACAUGCAAGUGUUUGUGAUUGCCAAUGUCAUAUUUCAAUUUGACUUCAAAUUACAGCUGUAAUAACUUUAUAGAACUGCAGUGUUUCAUUCAGAGAUUUACCUGCUAGCCUUUGAGCACAAUAACAUAUGUUACAGUGGGACCCUGUUUAACGGAACACCUGUCAAUUUGGUCCACAUACUAGUAAGUGAAUAUCCCCAUAUCUGAAUCAGUAGUUCCGGGGCUGCAGUGGUUGAAAUAAGCACCUGCCCGUAGGCCCGUGGCAGGUAGAUUUGUGUCGGGCCGUAGUUUCAACGUUGUAUAGGUCCUUAUGGCCUGCAGUAAAUUUACAUGUUCAUUUAUUUGUGACAGUAAACUGCAGUGUUUGACAUGAGGGCCUGAAGAGUUUAUUCAGGGCCUGCAGCUUCUAAAGUCUGUGGGUCCUGAUGGCGGCCUCGCUAUUUGUUUUAUAUCAAACACUGCCAGGCUGUCACUCAAACAUCAGCUCACUGUCUCUAUGGGGCAUGAGUGGCCCAGUUAUGUAAGAUGCUAUGCAGAGUUGCAUCCCAUGUCCAUGCCAGGAUCUGCUGAGUGCAUUCAAAUACAAGCUACCUAAGUGAACCGUAAUUGAAAUACUGUUCAGUUUGAAACCCAACUCAAACACUCAAAGUUUCAGCAUUAUUUGACUCUGAUUUAUGAGCACUAUUAAGGUAGUGAGUCAACUUCAUACCCGUUGGUGAUAUGCGACUUUGAAUAUAUGUUGAUAGAGGCAAAGGGUCAGUCAGGUAGCCAAGUGGUUAAAGCGUUCGCUCGUCACGCCGAAAAUCUGGGUUCGAUUCCCAACAUGGGUACAAUGUGUGAAGCCCAUUUCUGGUGUCCCCCGCCGUGAUAUUGCUGGAAUAUUGCUAAAAGCAGCGUAAAAUCUAACUCCCUCACUCACUGAUAGAGGCAAAGGGUCAUGUCAGAAAGGCACUUUCUUUUCUCAGCUUAGAUUAAAGUUUCAGAACUUGUUUUCAAUUUCCUUUUGAAUAUUUUGUCCUGAUUUUCAACACAAGGCAAAGUCAAGAUUAUGUAAAAGAAAUACAACCAAUAUAUUCCAGAUUUUGAGAAGUCUGACAGUGCAAACGAAUUCCUAUUUAACCUUGAAUGAAACAAUACUGAAAGAUACGGAAACUGAAGCUUGGCCUUUCAGUGAAUUAGAAUUGUCCUGUGCUGGCAUUGUUGUGCUGAAACAUAUUGGAAUAUUGGGUUGGAACAAUAUAUAGUACUCAAAAGAAGUUAAAGAACACCCAAUUUUUCCCUAUGACUACAGUUAAUCUGUUUUGACAGGUGGGUAUUGCAACAUACAGCCUUCCCGUUGUGGGUGUUCUUUAACUUGUUUUGAGUAGUAUAUGUGUAUUGGUGUUUGCUCAUGUUUCAUUGCACUCUAGAACAUCUCAUGGCAGCAUAUGUUUUAUAAAGUAUAUCUCAAACAUGUUAUGCAACCAGUCUCAGUAAAUAUAUGUUGUUGGAAGCUUAAACAAAAGCAAAGAAAGAUCACACUGAACUCUCGUUAGUUACUCAACUCUUUGUUGUUUCAGAACCACAAGUAAAUGUUUCUUAUAUUUCCAGCACCAUAAUUUCAUUGCCUAUUAGCCUGUUGUGACUAAGGAAAUCUCUGAAACAAGAUAUCAAACUUAGUCACAAAAUGUUUCUGAUCAACAAAAUACUAAUUUCAUCACUGCCCCGAGGUGUAGCAAAAUGUCAUCUCUUGCCUGUACAGCUGGUGUACCGGGUACAUGUCAUUAGGACAGAUAUAUGGGUACCACCAGUUGUACUCCCAGUUGUUACACUGAUCACAUGUCCUGCUAUGUCCCAUGGUGCACUAGGGGUCUUUAGAUGUCACCGAUUACCUUGUGUUUUAAUAGGUAAAUGAGGUGAGGCAUAUUGAGCUAUCCACCUAUCCAACCACAGCACACAUGAAUGCUGGACUGUUUUGUGUGUCAGUUCUAUAUAACUACCAGAUCUUUAUCCAUGGUCAGAUAGGUGUGACAUUCACAUAAUCCCUCUCACUAAACCUAAGUGUCACACAGACAGCAUUCACCUUGUUGAUAACCACAUCCUCCCCGAGAUGUCUGUCGCCUGCUGCUGGGAUCUCCUAGACUGAGAUCUGUUGAGAAGCUAGGAUCUCCUAGACUGAGAUCUGUUGAGAAGCUAGGAUCUCCUAGACUGAGGUCUGUUGAGAAGCUGGGAACUCCCGGACUCCUCUGCAUUGUCAGCAGUGAGUGUGUUGGGCACAAAUAGACCUUUAAUGGUCCAAGUCAGCCUAACACCCAAAUAACAGUACCACCACCAGGGAGUAACCACAUCACAUGAGUCUCUGAGAAGCAAACACAUUCGUCAGUAAUGAUGAGGUGUUCUGGAUCUUGUCUUCAGCUAGGAUGUUUUCCAGGAGGAUAGUCUUCACUGGUUCCUAUUUUGACAAGUAAUAUGUUUACCAACAUGGGCCUAGAGCUGGGGAGGAAGAAGUGUAUUCGGGAGAGUAGUUUAUGUUCAAAAUUUACAGUUUUAUUUUUGAAAAGUAAUGGACUUAUUUUGAUCCAUAUAAAGACUGUCAGCCUGUCUAUAUGUGCUCAUUACAGGAAUGGCAGAAAUUCUAUUCUAUUCUGUUCUAGAACGACACACGUUUUCAUUUUGUAAAGCAGAUUGACAUAUAUGUUUUUCCUUUUGUAAACCAGAAUGACACAUUACUUCCUUUAAAUCCUUGGAGCAAGGCUACAUUGGCCAGUAGCAGUACUUAAACGCAGACCUUAUAUAGGCAUCGUUGUAUAUAUUAUUGGUGUUAGAGUCACUAGACCUCUGCAAAAGGUAGGCUGUAAACAAGUAAAGUGUGAACAAGAGCCUAUUAUACUGGUAUAUGAAUAUGUUUGAUUGUAGCACACAGUAUCCCUUGUCUCCAUCAACUCUCAUCAUUCAGCCUAAUAUCAAGAAUGUGUUUAUCACUGAUAGUAACCUGUAACAGAGAAGGGAGAAUGAUAUGUGAUGAGCACACAGUGAACAUACACUGGCCAAUGUAUCCCACAUCUCUACCCUUGAUCUCUGUACCUUGAUCCCUUGGCUCUCAAACAUAAAGCGUAAUAAUGCUGCAAACUGCUUUUGGAAUCCCGGCCAUGUUAUCAGUGUUGGAAGUUAAUGCUAGAGAGGAGUAUGUGGGCUGUAGACAGCAGCUUGCCCUGUUGACAAGUUCAUUCAUACGGAAAUGAACUUGUUUCACUCAUACAACUGUUCUUCAAAAGUUCAUUUGAUAAACACAUAUACUUAUUCAACCACUGAGCCAAUAGAAAGAAACAUAAUAUUAAAAAUGACACCUUCCUGCAAUUUCGAACUGGUCACAAACAAUCCAUUGUAGGAUCUUCAGUCCUUUCACAAAUCAAGUGGUCUCCCUGUACAGAGUUACAGCCCUUAGCCAUGUGAGGAUCUGCAGAUCUUGGGGUUGAAUCCAAGAUUUGAUCUUUAAUAAUCCUUGGUGUGUCAGCACAACAUCCUUGCCUGGGUUUCAUCAGACUGGUGCAUGUCUAGGACCAGCCUGACUUGAUGGCUCUGCCCCCACAAUGACAUCUCUGUGUAUUCGGAGCCCACCUAGCUUUGUGGUGUGUGUUAAUUUCCAACACUGGUUGAGUAGGCCUAGCCAGGAGAAGGCUGUGUGUACGGGCUGCAGCUUCAGAUUGCCACAAGGUAUUGGUGUAUGUAUGACUGUGUUUAUAUGUUUGUUACCUUGUGUGGAAGUGCUCUGUAUGGUCUGUAAAUAAAACCUCUCACACAUUGCUAA